CAGUGCAGUCGUUGGUUAAAAAAGCAAUGCAACAUUACACUUGUCUAACCGGAAAUACGCACACCUGUCAAACACUUUCCAAGAUGGACGCUUCCAUGGACGAGUUGUUGAAGAUCCGUGUUUAUGAUGUUAAUGAGCACAUUGUGUGUUCGCUGUGUGGCGGCUACUUUAUCGAUGCCACUACUACCACUGAGUGUCUUCAUACCUUUUGCAAAAGUUGUAUUGUUAAAUAUCUUCAAACAAGUAAGAGCUGCCCACAAUGUGGAAACAAAGUUCACGAAUCACAACCACUGAUUCACCUACGCGCUGACAGAACCAUGCAGGACAUUGUCUACAAACUAGUACCUAACUUGUUUGAAAAUGAAGAAAAAAGAAGAGAAGAUUUCUACAAAUCAAGAGGAUUUGCAAAACAAAAGAAAGGUAUUGUUGUGGAAAAGAAGGCCGCUCCGAAAUUGUCAUGUAUCCUCAACAAUCCCAACGCACACCAAUAUAAAUAUGAUGAACAGAUUGGACUUUGUCUGGAGAGAUACAGUAUUCAGUCGAUCCAGGUGAGUGGGGAGAUGUUUGAUCUGAAGGUCCUGGAGAGAAAGUUUAUUCGAUGUUCUAUACGGGUUCUCAUUGCUCACUUGAAGAGAAUCAUUACCAAAAAACUGAACAUUCCUAAUGGAGUAGAGGUGGAGAUGAUGUGUGACAAUGACGAGCUGUCAGAUGAAAUGUCUAUGAAACAAGUAAACCUGGUGUACUGGAGUCCACGAGGUUCCCCUAUGAUCCUGUAUUAUCGCCUGAGAGAACCUGGAUGAGAAAAUCAGUAUCAUAUCAAUUAAAAAAAAGUUUUGAAAGAAUUUUUUCAGAAGAGUUUUGCAGGAAUUUAGGAAAUUAUAUAAUGAAAGUAUCUUUAAGAGAUACUUGUGUUCAUGUUAACUGCCAUAUUAGCUGUGGACAUUACCCAGUUGUACAUGUGUGCCAAAUCAUCAUCGAUUGGUUAAAAUACUGAUAGUGAGUAACAUUUUUGUUAUUUUUAGCCCACCAUCUGAUGAUGUUCAAAUUAUCUAAUGUCCAUGGUCUGUACGUUACCUGUUCAAUUCUUGUUAUUGAUAUUUCGUAAGAACUACUGAAUGGAUCUUUUUCAAACUUCAUAUGAAGGUUCCCCUUUGUUCUGUGCACGUGUGAUUUCGGGAUUAACCAGAUAAACAAAAUGGCUGACAUGCGGCCAUCUUUGAUUUUGACAAUGAAAAUUUGUUAGAACUAUUUCUUGAGAAGUACUGGUCCAGGGAUAUUUCUGAAAUUUGAUUUGUAGAUUCCCCUAGUUUUGCCCAUUUAAUUUUGAGACUGACCAGUAAAGCAAAUUGGCCAACAGGCAGUCAGCUGAAAAUAAUUUGCUAUUUCUUGAGAAGUACUGGAUGAAUAUUGGUCCCUUGGUUGCACAAACAAAUGAAAAAUUGAAAUUUACAUCUCAGAAAGUUUUUCUUAGAUCUUUCUAAGACUUCAUAUAUAGAUUCCCCUUGUUAUCAAAUGAUUAAGAGGAAGAGUGGAAAGAAGGGAAAAAUAGAGAAACGAUCAGUUGUUUGUAAGGCUGAUGAAGAUCAUUCAAUGGUGGUUGCCAGGAUCCCUCAGGGGUCUCUUGUUUAUGCCCAAAGCUGCCAUUUCAUGAGGGGGAUAAAGAUUUAUCCAUGUCCAUCAGUCUUGUCUCCUUCCGUCACGUCAUGUCCCAAUCAAGUUUUCAACUUGAAAAUAACUAGACCUGUUAAAUUUGCUUACACAAUUUCAGAAUUUGACAUUCAACACCAUUUCUAGUAUCAAAAUUCAAAGUUUGAGGGAUUCAGUAUUCUUCACAACAGUGUAAUGAGAAUUAGUAGAAGUAUUUGAUGUAAGGUCAAAAUUUGAUAUGAUGUUGUCUGUUCGUCCAUUGUAAACUUAAGUUUUCCUGGAAAUCUCUCAAGUUUUCAAUCAAUAUCUGAAAUUUUGUAGGCUUUACAGCGGGUAAUCAUGAUUAUUUUAAUUUUAAUUUUAAUUUUGUAGUCUUGUCUGGAGAUCUCCUCUCUUGGGUUCAAACUAAAUGUCUUUGAAAUUUAGUAGACUUUAUAAACCUGAUAUGUAGUUGUGUUUUUGUAAGAGUUAUUCCUCUUUGAUGAUUUUCAUUAUUCAAACAUGUCUGGAGACUUAUCUGCCUUUGUUUUAAAACAAAUUAGGUUGGAUUUAAUAAUCAUGACAUACUGAUACAGUUUCUUAAGCAGCAUUUUGAUAGAGCAAUUAACCUUGUUACAAUUUUUUGUACUUUAUACGUUUUGAUGGAAGAACUUUCAUCACUUUGGCACCAGACUUGUGUAUUGUUCCACCAUGCAGAACUUUCGUUCUGGUCGAUAGCAUUUCCUUCUAACAUAAUUAUCUUUCUUUUGAAAAACCUCUCUAUCAUUGCUUAUUUUUGAGAAAUUUGGCACGUUCUAAACUGAUUCCACUUUUUUCCAAAUGUUGCCAAGCAUUCAUUGAAUUUUAGCGACUCCCUCUCAUAUAUGACGUAUUUUUUCCCUCCCAAUGUUAUUUUCUAUAAUACUAGCUUCCAGUACCUUGAUUAAGAGACCACCUGUCAUAUGUGACCUUUUUCACUGCCUCCCAGGGAAGGUCACAUUUGACAGGUUCAACUGUAUACACAUUGUAUAUAUAUGUAAAUUAUUUGUUUGUAUGCAACCCCACAGGGACUUGGCACCAAUUGCGAACCCUACAGUUCAUAUAAUAUGUGUAUUAGAUACUUAUAUAGGCUGUGGAAGGGUUGGUAAGUAUUCCAAGUCCCUAUGUGCAUCACAAAAUGUGAUUGGCUUCUAUAAAACUAUCGGAGUCCAUUGAGAACGAAUUGUUGCUAUGAUCUUAUAUGACCAUACAAAAUCGUUUACAUGUUUGGAGAUUUUUGCUCAUUUCGAUAAGAUGCUGUUUGUGAGCCAAAGUUGCAUGCUAUUGGAUUUAAUUGGAUUUAUGACUGUUUUUAGGGCUAUGAUAGAUGAUUUCAGUAUUCAUUCUGAUGACCUACAUUUUAGCUUAUACCAUGAUACCUUUAAUUUAAAUUUUUUUCUUAAAUGUACAUUUUAUAUUUUGAAAAAAUAGAACAAACCAGUUUGAUAUAUUUUUAUACAUGUCAAGUUUGUUAUAUUUUAUUUGUAAUUUUUAAACGUGCAUAUAUGUACACAUAAUUGAAAUCGUUGAUAUUUGAAAAGAAAUAUCAUAAUCUCAUACUUACUGUUUUAGAUUUUCAUUAUGUAGACAGUAAGGAAUGAUAAUUUCUGUAUGGUGUUUCUAUACUUUCUAAACUUCUUUCUCUACUCCUUAUAUUCAAGUUUUAAUGUAGCAGAAUAAGACUGGGCUCAACACCGAUCCUCAGAUGGUCAGAUGGUUAGAGUGUCUGUCUAGGGUUUGAGGGUCCACAGGUGCCAGUCCCAGUCUGGACAUUGCAUUUUUCAUUUCCUGUUACAUUUGCUUGUGACAUGUACGUUAAUGAAGAGGUUUGUAUUGAUGUGUUUAUAGGAGAAAACAUUUUGCUAUAUAUUGAUAAGUCCUCUGUCAGCUUUGAGGACUACCUAUUUAUUUUCUGUAAAACUUUGUGGUCCAGAUUUUUUGUCUGAACUUUUUCUUCGUAUUUUGUCAGUGGCCUGUCCCUUGAACUAAUUUCAGUGUUGUUUCACUGGGCAUACAGGUAACUGGUCUUAAAUCAACUUGAGUUCCCAGUCUAUUACUGAAGACUUGACCGAUACUAAAAAUACACAGAAUCAAGACUUAGUCUCUAGGGUGAUUAACAAUUUGAUAUGCCAUUUGUUGGAAUACCUAGCUCCCAUACAGUUCAAGUUUUAAAAACAAAAUCUCAAAAAAUGUUUUUUGCUGAAAAUGAAGUUUAAAUUUACACUUAACAUGCUUUACAGUAAUAGAUAAAAUAUAGGACAUGCUACUCAACAGGGGUACUAAUUAAGGUGUGAUCUUUGUCUUCACCAUAUUUUGUCUGUUGAACUUCAUUUUGAUUGUACCUGUCAUUAUCAGGAUUUAUAAUUAUAUCGACUCAGAUGAUAAAUGCUGUUGAUUUCACGGUUUCAUCCUCUAGGUAUGCAGACAUCCUAUUCCAAAAUAGAAAUUAUUUGAUUUUCCUUUGUACUGAAAUGAAAUUGUCCAGGACUAGUUAAAUUGUUUAGGUUAAGAAAGCUACCUUAUGAAGUACUUAUGAAUACUGGUAGUCGAAAAAAAAAAAGUGAAUUUCGUUUUGUAAAUUUGAUUUUGUUUGAAAUUAUUUUUUAUCUUAAUUAAAAAGAAAAAACUGCACUGAAGUUUUGGAAAAUCUUGCUAAAGACCUGCUUCCGAUCUUAAGUUCUGCUAUUAGAAACUUGUUAUAUACACUUUGUAUGUUGAUUUAUAUAGAUAUACAGUAUAUACCUGCCUGGCUUUGAUCACAUUUGAUAUUUGAGCAGGUGCUUUGCCUAAGACAGUGCUAUCUCAUACACAUGUAUAAGAUGUACAUGUAUCUGUCACUAGCUAAUGCUGCAUGUAGGUCUGAUAACAGUUGAUCAAAACAAGGAAUAUUCAAGUUCUGAUUUAUGAGAUACCACCUAUAUAAUGGUCACACACGUUAACAUUUUGGCGUAUUGAAAUAUUUUAGACAAAACAGAUUAACACAAUGACAAGCUGUCACUCCUACAAUACUUGCGGUAUAAAAUAACUUAUAGAAACUUCAAUUAAUGACAUCAUAACUAACUUAGUGGAAUGUUUUCAACAAAAAGACUCUGAAAUAGGAUUACCACUAAGGUAUGGACAGGUGAUAGAGUUCUAAAGAUAGAUAUUGUUUAAUCUACAGGUGACAGAGAUCUAAAGAUAGAUAUUGUUUAAUCUACAGGUGACAGUUCUAAAGACAGAUAUUGUUUAAUCUACAGGUGACAGAGUUCUAAAGACAGAUAUUGUUUAAUCUACAGGUGACAGAGUUCUAAAGAUAGAUAUUGUUUAAUCUACAGGUGACAGAGUUCUAAAGACAGAUAUUGUUUAAUCUACAGGUGACAGAGAUCUAAAGAUAGAUAUUGUUUAAUCUACAGGUGACAGAGUUCUAAAGACAGAUAUUGUUUAAUCUACAGGUGACAGAGUUCUAAAGACAGAUAUUGUUUAAUCAGGAUCGUAUUUAUAUAUUGUUUUGUAUUGUUAUGUUUUGUAAAACAUUAAAUGUAUAUUUGUUAUGAUGUAGCAAUUGUUUAUUACUAUAAAAGAUUUCUAAAAGAU